UCAUAAGAAUUAUCAGUGCUCUGCAUCCAUGAAAGCGAUGACCAGCUGAAGCUAGCGGCUAACGCUCACAGUUCGCUAACUUAGAGAAUCUAAUAGCACGCGAGUGAAGUAUGAUUCUCUAACAGCGCUUUUGUGUUUAUGUUUACGUCUGUGUGUUAUGUGAUGGCUGAUUGCUCAGUUCUUCUGUUGUGUGUUAAUACGUGCAGCUAAUAGAGCUCAAGGGAUGUGCUGCUGGCCAGCAGUCUGACCAUCCGGCCAAGAAGAAAGAUUUGAGUCUGCUAGUUAGACUUAAAAGCCUUUUAAGAUUACGCCGAAUUACACUAAAUGUGCUGCAGAAAUGUCGUUCUGUUUCUGAUCUAUUGUGGCUGAGUGGCAAUUCGAUUAUAUCAGAAUUGAUGGAUUGGGAAAAUUGAGGUUCAUCCCAGACAGAUGGGGGUUUCGGAGUCUUUAUUUGGGAUAACUGAUAGACCUUUGUUUGCUCUCUGGACCGUAAAAAUGCCAUCAGUGACCACUGGCGACAAUGCUGUUCACUCCACCAGUCCGGAUUUGGCCGCUGCGCCAUCUGAAGCCCUCAAGCAAGUACUUGGUGUAAUUGACAAGAAGGUCCGCAACAUGGAAAAGAAAAAGAGCAAGCUGGAUGACUACCAGACAAGGAAGAACAAAGGAGAACGUCUCAACCAGGAUCAGCUGGAGGCUUUAUCUAAAGCUCCGGAGGUGGUUCACAACUUGGACUUUGCCCGUGAGUUGCAGAAGAGCUUCCUGGCUUUAAAUGUGGAGAUCCAGAAAACAGUGAAAAAGGCGGCACGACGGGAGCAGCUGAAGAGGGAGGAAGUGGAGCGCAAGCGACUGAAAGCAGUGCUGGAGGUGCAAUACCUGCUGGAGCAGUUGGGGGAGGAAAGCGUGAGGCAGGACCUGACUCAGUCCAGUGGGGAUGCCCCCGUACUCACAGAGUCAGAGCUAACAGGCCUGGAUGAGUUCUAUAAGCUAAUUGGGCCUGAGCGGGACUCUAGUGUAAGGUUGGCUGAGCAGUUUGAGGAAGCAUCCAUGCAUUUGUGGGAGCUUUUGGAAGGAAGGGAUAAAGCUGUGGCUGGAACCACAUACAAAGCCCUUAAGGAAAGCUUGGACAAGAUGCUGCUAAGUGGGUACUUUGAUCGUGCUCAAACACAUCAGAAUGGAGUGUGUGAAGAGGAGACGGAGGCCGCAGCAGCGGAGUCUUCAGAGAGCGAGGAACGCCCCGCUGAGCCAGAGGGAACCGCUCAAGAAUACACAGAAACUAUUGAGGUUGAAGCAACAGAGUUUGUAAACAGACAGUUCAUUCCAGAAACCACCUACAGCAGCAAUGACAAAGAACAAGGAGCAGAGUGGAACACAAGUUCUCCGGCAGUUAGUGCCCUCCAGCAACCACAGCAGCCACCUGCAGCCAUGAGCCCGGCUCUGGUCAGCUCAGAACCACACACACUGAACGCCGUCCUCCCUCCCCCUGCAACAGAUCCCGUGGUCCGAAAGCAGGCAGUCCAAGAUCUCAUGGCUCAAAUGCAGGGUACCUUCAACUUCAUGCAGGACUCCAUGCUAGAGUUUGAGGGGCCACCUCUAGAUCCUGCUAUUGUGUCGGCGCAGCCCAUGAAACCUGCGCAGAUGGUCUGUCCACCAGAAUCCAACUACCACUCCUUUUCUUUGUAUACGCCAUAAUAAUGUAAAUAUUUCACACAUCAAAUCUUCUCUAGAAGAUUGCCGAGUAAUCAAUGAUGUUAAAACAGAAGCAGAGUCAGAGCAUACCACUACUCUGUCUGGUCUU